UGUCCCCAUCCUCGCUGUGGUAGACGGUAUCAAGCACGCAUCGGCUUGACACGUCAUCUAGUCAAAUACCACGGAGAAAUUAUUGACGAAGAUGAGGUGCCGUUGAAGCCAAAACCACUGCUAUCCACCGACUCAGCCUCGGAUUUACUUCAAGUGUCUUCCGCUGUUGUCAACACCAAUGACGACCCCCAUUCCCGGUCUCCCGCGUCCUUGUCAGCACCUCCGACAAGCGGGCAGUCAUUCCUGACUGUUUGCUACCCUUUGCGAACCAUAAGGUUGGAUCAACGGUCGUCUCGGUCACUGGAUCGAUCAAAGUCCCAACGCCGAUGCUCCUCCCCUCCACCUUGUUCCUCGACUAGUACUCUGACAUGCCCCCCUUUGUACCUCACACCACAUGUGACAGCUGCUUCACGGUCAGCUCUCCGCAGUCAAACUUCGCCCAGACUUUCCUCUGAAAAACCCGGUACUAAUGGCGUCAGUGGAGGUGGCAAAGUGGCUAUUGUCUCAAUGCAACACUCUCCCCCCACCACGACAGCGUCCACUGCGCAUUUUGACCACCAACAACGCCAAUCUCACCCUCCAUUUCACAUGAGCGUUUACUCGACCGAGCGCUCUGAAUUACCUAGCGUGUCUGGUGGAGCCCUGACUGAGCCUUGGUGCUGUAGCAACAGCGAUAGGACACCACCCUUUGUCAACGUUCCACACUGUUCUUGUUGUUGGCCUGACGACGCCGAGGACUUUGAAAACGAUGCAGAAGAUGAAGACUUCUUGGAGAAGGACUGUAGCAGCGACCUUGGUUUCGACAGUUCCUGUUACUUUUCCAAUCGACCAACCGAUUCUCUACCUUGUCUUCUCCACCCCACAAAUCCCCGUCACUUCCAUUCCCCUUCUUUCUCCCCUCCGCCCUCCUUCCAUCUACUUCCUCGUGGUUCUGCAAUCGACCUCUCAACUGCCGCCAUGACGGAGGAGUGCUCGAGCUGCUGUUGGACAGCAGAUUCUGACUUUUCUGGCUCCAUUGGUGGAGGGCAUUGUGGUCGACAUUCCUCCGAGGACGGCAAAGGCACUGGAGGUGGUGACUUCCGGACUUCCCCGUAUCCCCGAAUCACUCCGUCCCGUCAGAGGAAACAGCGGUUGUCAUCGACUUCCUCGACAAUGCUCCUUUGCCGUCGGAGGUUUUCGAUAACGGGGGAUAAAAAAAUGCGGUGGCGACGUGGUGAUCGUUGUGAACGAAGACGAACAAUGAGUAGUGGUGGAGACAGUAGUGGAGGAAUACUGGCCACGACUGCGACGGACACUACUGAAUCAGCGAAUACUGCACGCUCAUCUAGUGUUGUUUUUGGCGGUGGAGAUAACCCUUCCUCCUUUGCAAGGAGAUCUGAAGAGUUGGUCGCCUGUCCUGUGCAUGAUUGCGGACUUGUGUGUUCUGGAUGUGAAAAUCUCUGUGAACAUUUAAAGGAGUGCCAUCUACCUGAUUCUCUCAACAAACCAGUGCGGUUAGUAUUCGCGUGUCCGGUAAAGGAGUGUCGGGCGUUUUGUGCCAACGAAGCCGCCUUCGAAGCCCACUUCGACGCCCACCUCGAAAGUCGGAACUCCGGCAAGAUUGGGGAAUUAUUUCGCCGUUCAAACACCUUGAAUUGUGAUGAUCCAAUCGAUGUGAAACUUAGGCAACGACAACGGCGUAGCCAUCUAAAGUCGGCCUCUUCCCUCGUAGACCUCAAUAUGGACUUUUUUGACGAUUUGCUCUCAGAGCCCACAUAUCAACGUCCCUCCACCAGUACCACCGCUGAUAAAGUUAGCUGCCCGACACGAACCUCUCCUGCUAAACCUGAUAGUCCUUCUACCCCUGUGACCCUUCUAGACGCAGAGAAUUGGAGUCUUCUACAAGCACUUGAUCUACUUCCUGAUGAUGUCCUCCACGAACUCCUCCAAGAAAAGACCGGUGUCAGCACUAGUGGAGCCACCGUAGGACCGCCUGUCUUGAACCCUGGCGGGAGCGGAAAUACCCCCACACUUCCCAACGGCUCCUUCGGUCUCAUCGGCGGUGACGACAGAAGUAGUGGCGGGCCUAGUAAGCAAACUCCCAUGGUUAUUUCCUGCUCCUCGGCCUCGGACAGUGAAGUCUCGGCAGUGCACUCAGAUGACUGUCAUCAGGGCGCCAAAUGUGGCGGGGGUGGUGUGGUGAAAAGACAGAGGAAUUCCUUUACAUGUCUGGGCUCUCCAACUAGAGACCAGAGCACCCUGUCUCGUGCGCGAUCAACACAGCUGAGGUCAGAAAAUGGGACCCCACCUCCCCAUGCUCAGCCUUCGGCUUCCCAACUCCUCUUCGAUCCCUUGACCGUGUUUCGUGGCAUUCCAACUGGAGACGGUUUUAUUCAAUAUCUGCUUAAAUAUGCCGCCAUUGUCAUCCAUCUUGCCAUCCUCCUCCUCUUCAUCGGCCUAUCCACCGCGACGAUUUGUAAACCGACUGAAACGUCGCAGGCGGACUUUUGGCGGUCGUUUCUUCACUGUUGA